AUGGCUGGCAGAGUAUCGUCUCAGCUCGACCUCUGGUAUACAAAGGACUUAUUAAAAGAGUUGGUUCAGGUUCAUCUAUCUCUACAUCAACGUGGAAUCGUCCACUAUUGCAUCAAUUGUUCGAGAGUGAGGAAAUCACUCGCAUCACGGGUAUCCCUGUGGCCACUGGCUACAAACCGGAUCAUUGGGGAUGGUUUUAUACAACAACGGGUCGGUAUACGGUCAAAUCGGGAUAUAGUGUUUUACAGGAGCUCUCAGAUGAGGGGACACUGCCAGUAUUGGACCGGACAUUCGGCGGUUGCAAGCGCAAUCCUGGAAGGUCAAAUGUACUACAAAACUCCAACAUUUCCUUUGGCAAAUUAUUACCGGGUGUUAUCGGUUGGCGCGCGUUAUGCAGUCGGGGAAUGCGGUGGACCCGCAGUGUGUGAGAUGUGGUAUGGGAGAGGAGACUAUCAACCAUAUGCUCUUUGA